GGCCCGUCACGGCCCCUCCUGGUUCUGGACGCUGCUGCCUCGCCAGUCUCCCCGACCAGGCCCCGCGGACGUGGAGCGAAGAGGCGGCAGCAAAUUGACAUAAGAUGAGAGCGACCUUAUCUGCGCUUGAUACUUCUGAGACUCUUUUCAAGCCUUUAGUAGUCUUAGAACUUGCCCGAGAUGUCAAAGAAGAGACCAGGAAGUGGCUGGAGAAAAAAAUUAAUGAGAAGAAGAAAAAUGGAGGUGCCCAGUUGCUAGUUCGACCCUUGAUAGAGAAGUGUGAAGAGCAAACCUUGGAAAGUCAGAAUUUGUACCUCAUCGGUGCCUCCACGAUCAGGCUGUUGCUUGGAGCAGAGUCGGUGGGCUUAGUGAAAGAAUGCAAUGACAACACCAUGAGAGUGUUCACAUAUGAAACCAGGCACAACUUCAAGGGCUUCAGUGAUGAUAAUGAUGAUUUCCUUACAAUGGCUGAGUGUCAAUUUAUUGUCAAACAUGAGCUUGAAAAUCUUAGAGCAAGAGAUGAAAAAAUGAUUCCUGGCUACCCCCAGGCCAAGCUCUAUCCAGGAAAAUCAAUCCUGCGGAGAUUACUCACUUACGGCCUCAUGACCCAGGUCUUCCCCCUUCAUGACAAUGAAGCUCUGAAGAAGCUUGAGAGCCUGUGGUACAAUCGAUUCAAGCUGAAGUAUCAGCCUUUGGAUGGCAUCCGCACGUACUUUGGAGAGACCAUCGCCCUCUACUUUGGUUUCUUGGAGUACUUCACUUUUGCCUUGAUCCCAAUGGCGCUCAUCGGGCUGCCCUACUAUGUGUUUGACUGGGAGGACUAUGACAAGUAUGUGAUCUUCGCCUCUUUCAACCUGAUCUGGUCAACCGUGAUCUUGGAAGUGUGGAAGCGCGGCUGUGCCCUGAUGACCUACCGGUGGGGGACGCUGCUCAUGAAGAGGCAGUUUGAAGAGCCGCGGCCAGGCUUCCACGGUGCUCUGGGCAUCAACCCCGUCACCGGCCGAGAAGAGCCACUCUAUUCCAGCUUCAGGAGGCAGCUGCGCAUCUACCUGGUCUCCCUGCCCUUCGUGUGCCUCUGCCUCUAUUUCUCCCUUUACGUUAUGAUGAUUUACUUUGACUUGGAGACGUGGGCUCAGGACGUGCACCGGGAGAGUACCUUUCCUGAACUGACCAACAUCCUGCUCUUCGUGCCCAGUAUCAUCUAUGCCAUCGUGAUUGAGAUCAUGAACCGCCUCUAUCGAUUCGCUGCAGAAUUUUUAACCUCGUGGGAGAAUCACAGGUUGGAGUCUGCCUAUCAAAAUCAUCUGGUUCUCAAGGUGUUGGUGUUCAACUUUCUCAAUUGUUUCGCCUCACUCUUCUACAUUGCCUUUGUGAUGAGAGAUAUGAAACUUUUGCGACAGAGUUUGGCUACUCUGCUGAUUACUUCCCAGAUUUUGAACCAAAUUGUAGAAACCCUUCUUCCAUAUUGGCUCCAAAGGAAGUAUGGCUUACGGGUGAAGAAGAAGGUGCAGGCUUUAAAGGCAGAUGUGGAUGUUACUCUGUAUGAACAAAUCGUCCUGGAAAAAGAAAAGGCAACUUACCUGGGCACCUUUGAUGAUUACUUGGAGCUCUUCUUACAGUUUGGAUAUGUGAGCCUUUUCUCGUGCGUCUAUCCAUUAGCAGCUGCCUUUGCCGUUCUAAACAACUUGUUGGAAAUUAAUUCAGAUGCCUUAAAAAUGUGCAAGGUCUUCAAACGUCCGUUUGCAGAGCCUUCAGCAAGUAUUGGUGUUUGGCAGUUGGCUUUUGAGACCAUGAGUGUUAUAUCAGUGGUUACCAACUGUGCACUGAUUGGAAUGUCUCCACAAUUAAAUGCAGUUUUCCCAGAUUCAAAAACAGACCUUAUUUUGAUUGUGGUAGCCGUGGAGCACGCCCUGCUGGCAUUGAAGUUUGUCCUGGCCUUUGUCAUCCCCGAUAAGCCACAAGAGAUCCAGGUGAAACUGGCCAAGUUGGAAUUUGAGUCUGUAGAAGCCCUCAAACAACAGCACAUUAAACUUGUGGCUGAGUCGCUGAAGGAGGAAGGGAAGGAAGAUGAGAAGAAUACCACUUAGGAGAGUUUACCCACAAACUCCGCAGGGUGCAUCCAUUCCUUAAAGCUGGACGGUUACGUGAUAUGUGCGGAAUUGGCUCCGAGCAGUGGCCUAGCCACGCUCUGUGCCCGAGGCGCAGCCCUGCCAGCCCACCCUAGCUUGGGGUGGGGCUCUGCUCAGCCUUCCCGUCCCCGAAGGCUGCCCCGGGCCUCCCAGCAGCCACCCCCAGCUUCACAGUUCACUGAGGCAGCUGAACUCAGGGUCCACCAAGCCUUCACCUCGUGCCCUGCUUUGGAGGAGGGAUCACUGUGCAUCGGGCCUGGCCUCCGGCCUGGCCCCGCACCGGCCUCUUGCUCCAUUUGUCCUGAUUUCUUUCCCUGGUAGUUUCUGGUCAUUCGUUUUAUCUUACCCCAGGUCUACCGACUUCAACUUUAGCCUGUCAGAGCCAAUGAAUUGGCAGCUCUGCUCACUGUCCGUCGCGGUGGCGUGUCCUUUUGGCCCAGAGGAACUCCUGGGAGCCAUCUGGGCAGCUGGCAGUCACUGUAGGGACUACAGCAGGCGAGGCCGUGAGAGGCGCAUAUCGCGUGGUUCUCGAGUGGGCAGGCAGCGAAUUCCAGCCGUGCCUCUUCCGAUACCUCGAUACGGGUUCUCCACUGCAGUGUGUUCAUGGAUUCUCUUACUCGUUAAAAUGAUAGUAGCAGAACUAUUAAAGACAAAGAUGCA